ACUAGGAGCAUUGAACAAAGGUUGCCUGCGUUGGUCGAGGAGUCGGCGGCGCAUUCACGAUUCAAACAUGGGGCUACUAGCGUUGUCGUGCUCGACAGGGGCAACAAUACCACCUGCACGAUUAAUUUACACGGAGCUACCGUGGUAUCCUGGAGAGUAAAUAAUCAAGAACAACUGUUUGUAAGUAAACAAGCUGUAUUUGAUGGAAAGAAAGCUAUUAGAGGAGGCAUUCCUUUCGUUUUUCCACAAUUUGGAGCAUGGACAUUUGGACCGCCUCAUGGUUUCGCGAGAAUCGUUCGUUGGAAUGUGGAAAAAUCUCCUGAACGUUUACCAAGUGGUGAUGUCGAGGCAAUUUUCUCUAUUAUGGACAGUGAAUUCACUCGUUCUAUGUGGAAUUAUCCAUUUAAAUUAACGUAUAGAUUAAUUCUUCGGGAGAAGGAAUUACAUUUCAAUAUUGGCGUAUACAAUCCUAGUAAAGAUCAUACUUUUAGUUUUAAUUUGUUAUUACAUACAUACUUCAAAGUGCCAGAUGUUAGAAGAUGCCAGAUUACUGGUCUUCAUGGAUGCACAUUUAUCGACAAGACAAGAGAUAACCAAAUUUUUCAAGAAGGUCGCGAUGUAGUAACUGUAUGUGAAUGGACAGAUAGAAUUUAUCAAAAUACACAACCAGAGCACAUUAUUACCAAUGUUGUAUCUGGUAGAAAAAUGCGAGUACAAAAAUACAAUUUUCCUGAUACAGUGGUUUGGAAUCCGUGGCAGGAAAAAGCUCGUGAUAUACCAGAUUUUGGAGAUGACGAAUUUCCAAAUAUGAUAUGCGUAGAAAGUGGACACGUUAGCAGUCCAGUGAUCCUACUCCCUGGAACAGCUUUCGAAGCCAGUCAAAUCUUACAGGUAAUGUGAGUAGAGGGUGGACCAACGUCGCAUGUAACAGCCGGAAAUAAUACGAAUUCGUUACUUCCGGUUUCCUCUGCAUCAGGUACUGUUUGGCCAACUAGUACUGGAUGGUUAUAUAUGCCACCACCACCUCCUCCACCACCGCCACCGCCACUUCCACCAUCAUCAACUCCUUCGACACAUUCAUCGCGUUUACAUGGUCAUUGUAUCGCUCAAACUUGCACUAUAUGCUCUCUUAAUCUUUAAAAUAAUAUUCAAGUCAAGUUUAAGAAAGACGCUUAUCUUAUCUUUAAUUGCUUUCGUUUACUAACUCUACAAUAUUUUUAUAUAGAUAUUUUUAACAUUAAAAAUCGUUGUCGAUUAGUAAAAAUUAUCAUUUCAUAAUAUA